CCAGACAUGGUGCCAUGUGGAUUCUUGUGGCCCUGAUGAAUCCUGCACUCUUGAAAAUGGAGUCAGAAGCUGCAUAUCUCACCCGCAGCAGACAUGCGUGUACAGCGGUUGUCACAUAGUGACCUUUGACCAGCAUGACUAUGAUUUGCAUGGCACCUGUCAGUACCAGGUACUUGGCAUGUGUGGAAACAAGCAGGGCCUACAUGCCAUUCAGGUUCAUGUGCAGACAGAUGGACACCUGGAGUCAGCACUUAAUGUUCUGGUCAAUGUGAGCGGCGUACUUGUAAAGCUAAACAGCAAAAACAUGGAGAGCUUAGAGGUUGAUGGUGUCAUAAAGAACAUGCCCUAUCACCUGGGCCCUACUGCACUGGCUUUCUCUCUGGGGCUGCACACUUACAUCUACACAGACGUGGGCUUUGAAUUCAGCCUCAGCACAGACGACAUAGUUACCAUUCGACUGUCCAGUAGAUAUGCUAAUGCUGUGUGUGGCCUGUGUGGUAACUUCAACUCUGAUCCUGCUGAUGAUCUCACAGCAAAUGGUGCAGAAGAGCGUCUCAGUCAUGAGCAUUUUGGAAAAGCUUGGAGGAGUGGGCAGAAUCCCUGGUGUGUGGACGGCUGUCUAGGAGGAAGUUGUCCAACAUGUUCAACUGAGCGUCUGGCCCACUUCUCUGACCCAGAGGUUUGCGGGAAGAUUCUGGACGUUAAUGGACCAUUUAGACAUUGUCAUGGCCAAGUGAACCCCUCCAUCUUUUACAAGCGCUGCAUCAGUGACCUGUGUCUUCAUGGAGGUCUCCAGCCUGCACUGUGUCACUCCUUGGCAGUGUAUACUUCUGUCUGCCUCUCCCACAGAGCUACAGUUUAUGCCUGGAGGAGUCCUGGAUUCUGCGACUCUCCCUGUCUCUCCAGCAGCAGUUACAACAUGAGUUCUGCCUCUGUUCACCUCUGCCUCGGCUUGCAGAAUAACACUCUAGAGAUGCCUCUGAACACAGGGGAGAAUUGCCUCUGUGAAGCAGGUUUAGUUCACAGUGGCAGCCAGUGCAUCUCUGCAGAAAACUGUGGCUGCUUUCACCAGGGAGAAUACCUGCAGGCAGGACAGGAGGUGUCAACAUGCGAAAAAAUCUGUCGAUGCAAUGCUGGGGGACACAUGACUUGUCGUAAUACUUUUUGUGGGAACGAUGAGGAGUGUAAGCUUCUUAGGGGCGUUCGAGGUUGCUACCCCAAACCCAAACUGGCACGCUGCUCUGUUGAUGGGUCCCAAUACACCACGUUUGAUGGACGGGCAUUUGAAUUUCAUGGUUCAUGUAACUACACCCUGGUGCAGACGUGUGCUCUCAAGAAGCUGGAUGUGGAGCCUGUUUUCAUAGCUGCAAAGCAAAACCAUAGCAAGGGAAGGCAAAUCUCCUUGCAAGUCAAUAAAAUGUAUUUUGAGAUAUCAGCAGCUUUUCCUGGAAAUAUUCUGGUAAAUGGAGUCUAUGAGAACCUGCCGUUCUCCCAAAGCAAUUUCAACGUGCACCAAAAAAAUGGAUGGAUAACCGUGAAGACGCCACAGUCAGUUGAACUGAUUUCAGACCUUAAAAACCACAUUCUGGUCAAGAUCCCAGACAUUUACCACCAGACAACCUGUGGCCUUUGUGGAAACUAUAAUGACAAUCCCUCAGAUGACCUCCAGCUGCCCGAUGGCUCUGUGACCUCUGAACCUGAGGUGUUUGGGCCCUCUUGGAAGCUACUUGAUAAUAAGACAUCCUGCAGUGACGUAUGUGACGGCACCUGUCAGCGCUGUCAGUCACCUAUGCCAGAGUACACCUCUGACCUGUACUGCGGUCUUCUGACUCAUCCAAAGGGACCCUUCGCUUCUUGUCAACAUUUGGUGUGCCCACAGAAAUUCUACUCGCUCUGCAUGAAAAAUCUCUGCAUUUCACAGGGGCAACACUGGGCCCUGUGUGAUGCACUGUGGGACUAUGAGGCAGCCUGCAAAGAGGCUGGAGUGACGGUUGACCUCUGGACAAACACAACAAGCUGUGGUGAGUCUCUAACCGCUCAGUUAAAUGUUUCAAACGAUGAAGUGCUUUAA